CCAGGCUGCGGCCACGCGCCGCCGCCGCCGCUGCCGCUGGACGACGACGACCUCCUCUCCGAGAUCCUGCUCCGCCUCCCGCCGCACCCGACCUGCCUUCUCCGCGCUUCCCUCGUCUGCGCGCGCUGGCGCCGCCUGCUCCGCGACCCGGGCUUCCACCGCCGCUCCCGCGCAUUCCACCGAACACCACCCGUGCUCGGCCUCUUCCGCACCUUCCAUCGCGGUGCUCGCUUCGUCCCCGUCGGCGAGGCCCCGGACCGCGUCCCCGCCGCGGGUUUCGCGCUCCCCGACCCCGCCAGUUGGGUCCUCCUCGGCUGCCGCCACGGCCGCGCGCUCCUCCGCAGUCGACCUGGCUGGCUCCAGCUCCUCGUCUGGGAACCCAUCACCGGUCACCGCCGCUGCGUCCGCCUCAGCCGGCUCGGGGGCCACGUCAAGGCAUGUAGUGCCACCGUUCUUGGCGACCCAGUGAGCCUGGCCCGCCGCGAGGGCUCCUUCCGCGUGGCCUUCGUCUUCACCGGCAACGGCCGCGCGUCCGCCUGCGUCUACUCGUCGGAGACUGGCACCUGGGGCCGGCUGAUCACGGCGGAGGCGCCUUGCGGCGACGUUUGUAUGAAGCCAAGCGCGCUGGUCGGGGACGCAGUGUACUGGUUGCUUGACGAGGGAGGCAUCCUCGAGCUCCAUCUGGGUAAGGAGAGGUUGGCCCCGAUGGAGACGCCGACGCACGCGCAGAGCCUUUACCUGUCGAACAUCCAGCUCAUGGAGGCCGAGGCCGGCGUGCUGGGCUUCGCUGGCGUGAAGAUGUACAGCCUGCAUCUGUGGGCGAGGGAGGCCGACCGUGAUGGCACUGCGAAUUGGGUGUUGCGCACUGCAAUUAAUCUCGGCCCGUUCGCUCCGCCACCAUGUGUGAUUCCUCGGAUCAUGCUGGUGCCGCCUAUCAAGAUACUUGGGGUUGAUGAGGGUGGCAAUUUCGCAUUUCUAAGGACUAUCUUCGGAAUCUUUAUGCUCUCCCUCGAUGGCGUGCUGCUUAAGAAGGUGUCUGAUGCCGAAAUCAUGGAGCUUGUUCAUCCCUACUCAAGCUUUUAUGUCGCAGAAGAAUAAGGUCAGCAUUAGGUGAUGGUGUCAGGACUCUGUAUGCAGCAAGCUCUGAAUGUGCCAUUCAGAUAACGUUUCAGGCGUCCAAGUGAAGUCGGCAGCUGAAGUGGUCAUUUCGCCGGGAUUUUUUUGAAGUGUCGAUGGCGCAUCGGACGGCUCUUAUUGUUUCUGUAAUAGCUGUAACUUUUCACCUGGUUAACAGACCGGUAAUAGUAACUCUGUAUCGUUACUUUUGCUUUGCUGUCGGAUGGCUUAUAAUAGCAGGACACCUUCCUUGGGAGAGGAUAUGCUGGUGAAUCUAUCUUAGUUGAACCCUAGUUUAGCAGUAGUAGAACUCUCUUGGCGCCGCCAUGGCAUCUUGUACUGAACCCUGAAUUCUCAAGUACUACUGCUGCACUCUGAAUCUUC